GGAAAAACAGCGCAAAUCAUCCACAAAUCGCCCACAAUCGCCUUGGUCGAGCGGAGGAAGCGGAGCGUGAGGCAAAGUUGACAAGUGGCAGCAAGGAAGCAAGUGGGAGCGUGACUGCGAGGGCGUGAGCCUAAGCGUAAGAGUGGCAGACCAUCAGCGUCAUGGAGGAAAAAGGGAAGCAAGCAUUUGACAGCGUGUCUGCAUACCUUCACACUCAACUCACAGCAACCCGCAGCGAGUACGAGUUGUUGGAAAAGCUGAACACAGCCGCAGAACAUGAGGUAAACACCAUGAAGACGGCAAUGGAGUCAACAAACAACUCGAUGCAGGACAUCAACAAGCAACAGGAGGAAUUGAGGCCGUUGUUGGACAAAGUGGACGUGCUGUCAAGUGCAGUCACAGAGAUGAUGGCGUCAGCGCAAGCGUUGGAUGAAUACUCUCGAGCACUAGAGUCGCGCUUCAAGGCAAUGACAAGGAGAUGAAGUGGUGCCUGGAUCAGGUUCAUGUUUGGUUUUGUGCUUGGUUCGACACAUUGUUACUUGCCACACUCCUUGUCAGUGGUGUCGAAGUUAGUUUCGGUGGUUUUUGCUGGCCACUAUGUUUGUCUCUCUCUGUCUCUCUGGAUCUCUCUCUGUCUCUCUCGCUCUCUGCGUGUCUCUCUGUCUCUCUCCCCGUCCGUCUGCCAUUUGUGAAGACAUUUUCUUUUGACGGGGGAAGUAAACGACGCAGCAAACAAUGCAUGGCCAUGCAAAGGUGCAGUCGAAAGGGAGUUUGGCAAUACAAAAGCGG